AUGGACGCAGAUGCAACAGAGAGAUUUAUUCCAGAGUAUCGUCGUACAAAUUUUAAAAAUAAGUCACGUUUUCAAAGUGACGAACUAAGAAGAAGAAGGGAGACUCAUCAGGUUGACUUGAGGAAGCAGAAAAGAGAAGAAGUUUUAGCCAAGAGAAGAAAUUUCCAGCACGAGGCUAAUGAUUCAGAAGAUGAAGAUGACUUUAAUCUAAGUGUUAACAAUGAUGAAAAUCAAUUUUACCAGAGAUUGAGACAAGACUUGCCCAAGAUGCUCGAAAUGAUUCAAGCGCCAGACUUUGAUUCCCAGUUGGCAGCCACGGUGAAAUUUCGUCAAAUCUUAUCUAGGGAACAUAAUCCACCGAUUGAUUUGGUGAUUGAGUCUGGUGUUAUACCUACUUUGGUUGAAUUUAUGAAGGAAGAUCAUCCUGAUAUGUUACAGUUGGAAGCUGCGUGGGCCUUGACUAAUAUCGCAUCGGGAAGCUCCCAGCAAACUAGAAUUGUUGUUGAAGCUAAUGCUGUACCACUUUUUGUUCAAUUAUUGUAUUCUCAAAGUCUUGAGGUCAAAGAGCAAGCAAUUUGGGCCUUGGGUAAUGUUGCUGGUGACUCUGCUGAAAAUCGUGAUUAUGUAUUGAGCUGUGGAGCAAUGGACCCCGUGUUGAAUUUAUUCAACUGCACCAAAAUGUCUUUGAUCAGAACUGCUACAUGGACCUUAUCCAAUUUGUGUAGAGGCAAAUCUCCACAGCCAGACUGGGAUAUUGUAUCACAGGCUAUUCCUACAUUAUCAAAGUUGAUUUACUCUGUUGAUUCGGAAACAUUGGUUGAUGCUUGUUGGGCAGUCUCCUAUUUAUCAGAUGGAACAUCAGAAGCUAUUCAAGCUGUAGUUGAUGCCCGUAUUCCUCAUCGUCUUGUUGAAUUGUUGGGUCACGAAUCAACUUUGGUGCAGACUCCAUCAUUAAGAGCCAUUGGUAAUAUCGUUACCGGAUCCGACUUUCAAACACAAAUUGUUAUAAAUGCUGGUGUCUUGCCUGCUUUAGCUCCAUUGUUGAACUCACAAAAGGACACAAUUCGUAAAGAAGCUUGUUGGACCAUUUCUAAUAUAACAGCAGGUACCACUGAGCAGAUUCAAGCAGUUAUUGAUGCUAACUUGAUUCCACAGGUGAUAAGGUUAUUGAGUGAUGGAGAUUACAAGACUAAAAAAGAAGCAUGCUGGGCGAUUUCAAACGCUUCAUCGGGUGGAUUGGGCAAACCAGACAUAAUCCGCUAUUUAGUGAGCCAGGGUUGUAUUAAACCGCUUUGUGAUUUAUUAUCAGUUGCCGAUGCCAAGAUUAUCGAAGUUACAUUGGAUUCCUUAGAGAAUAUAUUGAAAAUGGGAGAUAUGGAUAAAGAAGCAAGAAAUACUCAAGUUAAUGAAAAUGCCUUGUAUAUUGAAGAAGCAGGAGGAAUGGAAAAGAUAUUUGAAUGUCAAAAUAACGCAAAUGAAAAGAUUUAUCAAAAGGCCUAUAAUAUAAUUGAAAAGUAUUUCAAUGACGAGGAUGAUGACAAUAUCGAUGAUGCAAACAUUGUGCCUGAAACUUAUAACAAUGCGUUCAAUUUCGGAAUGGAUGGUCAUGAGCAACAACAAAGCUUCCAAUUUUAA